UUUUUGACAAAAUAAAAUACUGGUAGUACAUCAUGAUGUUUCGAGGGAACAGAUAAUAUGGAAAACCCGGCAGCUCCAUUGAUGCACAUGGUGGGUAAUUAAGCUUUGAUUUGAUAAACCACAACAAGUCCAUGGCCGCUGCAAAGGCCUCCCUCCUCUUCUCUCCCUCGGAGUGCUUUAAGGCCUCCUUCCUCUCGUCUCCCUCGGAGUGCUUUAAAAAAGAGUGCUUUCUCACAACUCGUCUCUGCAAACUCUUCCCCACUACUCAAAAGCCCUCUUUUCCCUCUCCCUUCUCCUCUUCUAUUACCUUAACCAAUGUCCUUAAUGCCGAUGCUGUAUAUACCAAAUUGCCUCCCCGACUACGGAAUGCAAGGCAGGAGCAGGACCGAGACGCUAUUUCUCUACUCAACGAGCGAAUUCGCCGGGAGCAUGCUAAGAGAGAUCACUCCCCUCUUAGGCCGACCAUGGAUUCCGAGGAGGCUGAUAUGUACAUUCAGCUGGUCAAAGAGCAGCAGCAAAGGGGACUCCAGAAGCUCAAAACCGACAGAGCCAGACAAGGUGCUGCACAUGAUGCACCACAACCUACCUUUAGUUACAAGGUGGACCCUUACACUCUACGUUCCGGCGAUUACGUGGUCCACAGGAAGGUUGGAAUUGGACGAUUCGUCGGCAUCAAAUAUGACGUUCCAAGGGAUUCCAAGGAGCCUAUUGAAUACGUCUUUAUUGAGUACGCUGACGGUAUGGCUAAAUUGCCCGUUAAGCAGGCAUCUCGUUUACUCUACCGUUACAAUCUCCCUAAUGAAACCAAAAGGCCACGGACUUUGAGCAAGUUAAGUGAUACUAGUGCAUGGGAGAGGAGAAGGAUGAAGGGAAAAGUUGCAGUUCAGAAAAUGGUUGUAGAUCUAAUGGAGCUAUACCUACACAGGUUAAAACAAAAAAGGCCUCCAUACCCAAAGACUCCAGCUAUGGCUGAAUUUGCAUCUCAGUUCCCUUUUGAGCCCACACCGGAUCAGAAACAGGCUAUCUCAGAUGUAGAAAGGGACUUGACAGAGAGGGAAAACCCAAUGGACAGAUUAAUUUGCGGAGACGUUGGUUUUGGUAAAACUGAGGUUGCACUGCGUGCCAUCUUCUGUGUAGUCUCUGCAGGGAAGCAAGCUAUGGUUCUAGCGCCAACUAUAGUUUUAGCUAAACAACAUUUUGAUGUUAUUUCAGAGAGAUUCUCAAGAUAUCUUAACAUAAGAGUUGGACUUCUUAGCAGGUUUCAGACCAAGUCAGAGAAAGAGGAGUACUUGAGUAUGAUUAAAGACGGAUGUGUGGACAUUAUUGUUGGGACUCAUUCACUACUUGGCAAUCGGGUUGAAUAUAAUAAUCUGGGUCUACUUGUGGUUGAUGAGGAACAGAGGUUUGGUGUAAAACAGAAGGAGAGGAUUGCUUCAUUUAAAACUUCAGUGGAUGUACUCACACUUUCAGCAACGCCUAUUCCGAGAACUCUAUAUUUAGCAUUAACUGGAUUUCGUGACGCUAGUUUGAUCUCAACACCACCUCCUGAGAGAGUUCCAAUAAGAACGCAUCUUUCAGCUUACAGCAAGGACAAAGUAAUAUCAGCUAUCAAGCAUGAAUUGGACCGUGGUGGCCGAGUUUUUUAUGUAUUGCCCCGUAUUAAAGGUCUGGAGGAUGUUAUGGAAUUCUUAGAACAAGCAUUUCCACAUGUUGAAAUAGCUAUUGCUCAUGGAAAGCAAUACUCAAAACAGCUUGAGGAAACUAUGGAAAGAUUUGCACGGGGAGAUAUUAGAAUCCUUAUAUGUACAAACAUAGUAGAAAGUGGCCUUGAUAUUCAAAAUGCAAACACAAUCAUCAUUCAAGAUGCUCAGCAAUUUGGACUUGCACAGUUGUAUCAGUUGCGUGGAAGGGUCGGACGGGCGGAUAAGGAAGCUCAUGCACACUUAUUUUAUCCUGACAAAUCACUUCUUUCUGACCAUGCACUAGAGAGGCUUGCUGCUCUUGAAGAGUGCUGUGAACUUGGUCAGGGUUUUCAGCUUGCAGAAAGAGACAUGGCUAUUAGAGGAUUUGGCAAUAUUUUUGGUGAGCAACAGACAGGGGAUGUCGGCAAUGUGGGCAUUGAUCUAUUCUUUGAGAUGCUGUUUGAAAGCUUGUCAAAGGUUGAUGAGCAUCGUGUAAUAUCAGUUCCUUACCCUGCAAUGAAGCUUGAUAUCAAUAUAAACCCUCAUCUUCCUUCUGAGUACAUAAACCAUUUGGAGAAUCCCAUGCAAAUCAUUAAUGGCGCUGAAAAAGCAGCUGAAAAGGACAUUUUCAGCUUGAUGCAAUUUACGGAAAAUCUGAGGCGUCAGUAUGGCAAAGAACCUUACUCUAUGGAAAUCCUAUUGAAAAAGCUUUAUGUCAGAAGAAUGGCAGCUGAUUUAGGAAUUACCAGCAUUUAUGCUUCAGGAAAGAUGGUUGGCAUGAAAACAAACAUGUCAAAAAAGGUUUUCAAGUUGAUAACUGAUUCAGCAACUUCAGAUAUUCAUCAGAAUUCUUUGAUAUUUGAAGAUGGCCAAAUAAAGGCUGAACUGCUCUUGGAGCUCCCUAAAGAACAGUUGCUGAAUUGGAUCUUCCAAUGCCUAGCAGAAUUAUAUUCCUCAUUGCCGACCUUGAUAAAAUAUUAGUCCUUUCAAAUGAACUCUGAUUCUUACGUCAUCUAGCAGGCAGCCCAAUGGCCAUCGCCCAUCGCUAUAAUAGGGUCCUGGGCGGGUGGUUUAAUUAAGAACGUUAGGAUCUUGUCUCUCAUCAGUGGCUGUUCCCACAUGUACAGUAUGAAAAAUUGAGAUAGAUCUGUAUCGUCUAUUAAAGCAGAUUAUGUGAUAUCCAACUGGCACUUUCCAUUCUUCGCGGGCAAUCAAUCUAUAUCAGAAGUAAAAGCCACGAGGAGUGCAUUGCCUUCUGAGACAAGGAUUAGCGGAGUUGUUUAAUACAAGAUAUAGGAUAUAUUGAUGGACUAUCAAAAUAACUUUCUGUUUCUUGUGAAAGAUAUGUUUACGUGUCAACAUAAAACAAUUAGGAUCCUUCAUUACCCUAUUUGAACAGGGAAAGAACACGGGAUCAGAUUUUGUCUUUCACGUUCCCUGGACCCAUGUCAUUUUUCUAUCCAUUUUAGAUGUCCUCUUCAUGAUGUUUUUUCUUUCUUCUGAAUUAUGGCGCUUCAACGAAUUUGUGUUACAUAUUUAUUCAAGACGUCUGUGCCAAAUGUGAUUAUAAAUCUAA